AUGUAAUUUUCCAAUGAGAUACUUAUAAAUAAAAGUUUUUCUUGGUUUGGUUAAUAUGAUAAGAAAAAAAGGAAGAAUGGCAGAUGGGCUGCUUUUUUGUUGAACUAAAAAAUAUUAAUGAAUUCUGGUGGAUACUAUAGGAAAGGGUAAAAGCAAGGAUUAUGGAUAGAUCCAAUUCAAAAUUAUUCGAAGUAAGUUAUUAAAAAUGAAAAUUUGAAUAGUUCAGCAUAAGUUUUUGAAACUGGAGGAUAUGAGAAUGACUUUAGAAUUGGAAAAUGGAAUUUUAUUUUUAAAGAUGCAAGAAUGUAAUUUGUUAGAAAUUUUUUAGUGGUGGUGGAUUUUAUUAAGAUGUCAUUUAAAAGUAAAGUAAAUAGAUAGAGUUCUUCGAAGGAUUUAUUGAAGAGAAUUAAAAAGUAACUUUUGAUGGAUAAAAUAAUAUAAAUGUUAUGAAAGUAGGUAUGUGGGAUAGUAUGUUUUGUAAAACAGAUGAGGAGGAAUAUAAAUAAAUGUAAAUUUUCUAUAUGUAUUAAGGGAAUAUAUAUAGAUUUGAAUAAUAUGAUAAAGAAGAAAAUUAGAAAAAGAUUGGAAAGUGGGUAGAAUUAGAUUAAGGGUUUAACGAUUAUAAAUAAGUCACUUAUAAUGGUGAAUAUAAUAAGAAAGGUCUGAAGAUUGGUAAGUGGGAUAGUUUGUAUUGUAUAAAUGGAUAGAAAGAAUAUAAAUAUAUGUAAAUAUUAUUUAAGUAUAAGAAAUAUAGUGGUGGGGGAUCAUAUGAUAAAGAAGGAAAUUAGAAAAAGAUUGGAAAGUGGGUAGAAGUAGAUGAAAGGUUUAACGAUUAUAAAUAAGUCACUUAUAAUGGUGAAUAUAAUAUGCAAGGUAUAAAGUUUGGUAGGUGGGAUAGUUUGUAUUUUAUAAAUGAAUAGAAGGAAUAUCAAUAAAUGUAAAUGCUAUCUAACAAUAAAGGAAAUAUAUAUUUAGUGGUGGUGGAUAAUAUGAUUAAGAUGGAAACCAGAAAAAAAUUGGAAAGUGGGUGGAUUUGGAUGAAGGGUUUGUAGAGUGGAAAUAAGUUACUUAUAUUGGUGUCUAUAAUUUUAAUGGUAUGAAGAUUGGUCAGUGGGAUAGUAUGUAUUUUAUGAAUACAAAGUAGGAAUAUAAAUUAAUGUAUAUUUAUCGAAGUAUAAGGAAAUAUAAUUAUAGUGGUGGUGGAGAAUAUGAUUAAGAUGGAAACUAGAAAAAAAUUGGAAAGUGGGUGGAAUUGGAUGAAGGGUUUAUAGAAUGGAAAUAAGUCACUUAUAUUGGUGAAUAUAAUCUGCAAGGUAUGAAAAUUGGGAAUUGGAACCAGAUCCGAAUAAAUUGA